CUCUGAGCUCGAGCUCAAGCUCGACAAUCCAGCCUGCCACGGUGCCACCACACCCUGAUCCAUCAAGUCGACAGUCCAGCAGCAAGCCAUAAGCCAGCAAUGGAUAGCAUGGGCGGCGCCGAGCAAUGGAGCUCCCCUUCCUCCCCGUCUUCGCAGCGGAAGCGCCCAGCAGGGCGCACCAAGUUCAAGGAGACGCGGCACCCGGUGUACCGCGGCGUGCGGCGCAGGGGCAGCGCCGGCCGGUGGGUCUGCGAGGUGCGCGUCCCCGGCAAGCGCGGCGAGCGGCUCUGGCUCGGGACCUACGUCACCGCCGAGGCCGCUGCGCGCGGGCACGACGCCGCCAUGCUCGCGCUGGGAGGACGCUCCGCCCUGUGCCUCAACUUCGCCGACUCCGCGCGGCUUCUCGCCGUCCCGUCCGGGCUCGCUGACCUCGCGGCCGUCCGGCGCGCGGCGCUCGCGGCCGUCGCGGACUUCCAGCGCCGGGAGGCCGCCUAUUGCGCCGCGGACGAGAUCGACACCUCCAGCGCGUCCGCGCCGUCGUCUGCGGACAACGCCGGCUCGUCGGCGACGUCGCUGCCUUCUGCGCUGGAUGAACUGUUCGAGCUGCCGGCGGCGGCAGUGCUGGGCAGCGACAUGUACGACUUCGAGCUGGACAUGUCCGGGGAGAUGGACCUGGGAUCCUACUACGCGGACUUCGCGGAGGGGAUGCUACUUGAUCCGCCGCCGCACGAAUCCACCGAGGCUUGCUCGGAUGGCGGAGCUGAUUACGCCGCGCUCUGGAGCCACUACUGAAACUGAAACGCCCGACCCCGUUUUGACACAAUAGUAUCUCUGGAACGAAUUGAACCUGCUCCAGGUCAGAAAAUUAAAAUCUGAGAAACUCACAAAAUCCUACGGACACAUCAGGCGAACUCCACUGAUAGCAAGAGGAACAAGGUAAAGAAACAUGCGUGGUGCAGACUGCGAAAAGGAAAAGAAACACGAGUGAAAAGACACUGCUGUUGAGUGCUGGCUGUUGGCUGAAGGUCAACGGUUUCAGAGUUCAGACAGAUUGCGAAAAGACUACUUCCAGAAAAGGGUACUAAACAGUUCAUGUGUGGUGACUAUAACUGGUAACCGGACGAGGAAGAUCAAUUAAGCUGGAUAUAAUCAGACAGAUGUGGUCCAAGCACGCUAAUCAACAAGAUGUGGCCUAGAAGAACCCAUCCAGGCCAGCCGGUUGAAGCUACCGAAUCCUGGAGUCUUUUCCCGGUUUCCUCAUCGAAGUCCUUGUAGCCACGCGAGCUGACGAGGCGAUCUGACUCUGACGUGUUUGGUGUCUCGCUCUUUGGUGGCUCCUUCCUGAAACCUAUAUUCCUAUUUCUAUGGCCAACAGGGCAAGCCUAGAUGUUCUUUGGGCUAAUGAUCUUGCGCCAGCUGUUGGUCUUCCAUGACACUUUCUGUCUUAAUAACGGAUUUGUUAUCACUUA